UCUAUACCAAAAGCGGUAACCCCGAGCUACACUCGGGCUUACCAUGCGGUGCUGCUCUGGGGGUCCCUACAGCACUUACCUUGUCCUUCGCUCCCGCGAUGUGUCCCCUCCAGCGUCCCCGGCCAUCUCCUCCGACCGAUGCCGGCGUCCGGCUUCUGUGUUCCGGUCCCUGUGACGUCGGGACGUACGGGUGCCGGAACGGGCGGGAAAUUUGAAUUUUUUAAAAAAAAUGUCAUUUUUGCUGUCAUUGCUAUUUCAAUACUACUUUGUCCUGUGCCCUGCCUGCAUUUUGAAUGUUCUUUCUGA